GGGCUCUGUUGUUAUUUUCAAGGGGCUCCUCCAGCCCGCGCCCCGGCUCCCGGGUGGCGCUGCCAGUGUGCCCAGAGGUGCUGGUUGCAAACGCAGCCUGGCACCGGCUGGCCAGGUACUCCCCAGGUCCGCCCGCAGCCUCCCGCUGGCGGGACACUGCCUUGGCGCCCCCCGCCCCCACCUCUCUCGACCCAAAGUUUUGGCGGAGGAGGAAAGUGCCGGGGAGCCAGCCGGCUCCGGAAGCAUGGGGUUCCCCCAGUCUUCCUCAAGUCCACGCUACCGGCUGCCGCCGCCGCAGCCGCUCCUGCCUCAGAGCCACUCGCGCCUUGGAGCUGCAGCCCGGCAACUCGCAAGUGCUGCCAGGAGGAUGCGGCCAGGCCUGGAAGCUGCUGCUGCCGUCGCCCGGUGCGGGCUAACCGCUGCGUGGCGAACCGGGAAGUGAGAAACGGGUACGUGAGGAGCAGCACCGCAGCUGCCGCCGGCCAGAUCCAUCAUGUUACACAAAAUGGAGGACUGUAUAAAAGGCCAUUUAAUGAAGCUUUUGAAGAGACACCAAUGCUGGUUGUUGUGCUCACAUACGUGUGGUACGGUGUACUCACCCUCUUUGGAUAUCUUCAAGAUUUCUUGAGGCAUUGGAGAAUUGAAAAGUGUCACCAUGCAACAGAAAGAGAAGAACAAAAGGACUUUGUGUCAUUGUAUCAGGAUUUUGAAAACUUCUACACAAGGAACCUUUAUCCUCUUAUGAGGAUAAGAGACAACUGGAAUCGACCAAUCUGCAGUGUGCCUGGAGCCACAGUGGAUAUCAUGGAGAGACAGUCUUAUGAUUACAACUGGUCGUUCAAGUAUACAGGGAAUAUAAUUAAAGAUGUUAUAAACAUGUGUUCCUACAACUAUCUCGGAUUUGCACGGAAUACUGGAUCAUGUCAAGAGGCAGCUGCCAAAGUCCUAGAGGAGUAUGGAAUUGGAGUGUGCAGCACUUGGCAGGAAAUUGGAAACUUGGACAAGCAUGAAGAACUAGAGAAACUUGUAGCAUGGUUCUUGGGAGUAGAAGCUGCUAUAGCAUAUGACAUGGGAUUUGCGACAAAUUCAAUGAACGUUCCUGCUCUUGUUGCCAAAGGUUGCCUGAUUCUGAGCGAUGAACUGAACCAUGCAUCACUAGUUCUAGGAGCCAGACUGUCGGGAGCAACCAUUCGAAUCUUCAAACAUAAAAAUAUGCAAAGCCUAGAGAAGCUAUUGAAAGAUGCCAUUGUUUAUGGUCAGCCUCGGACAUGAAGGCCCUGGAAGAAAAUUCUAAUCCUCCUGGAAGGGAUAAAUAGCAUGGAGGGAUCUAUUGUUCGCCUUCCUGAAGUGAUUGCCCUCAAGAAGAAGUAUAAGGCAUACUUGUAUCUGGAUGAGGCUCACAGUAUUGGGGCCUUGGGUCCUAUAGGUCGAGGUGUGGUGAAGUACUUUGGCCUGGAUCCUGAGGAUGUGGAUGUUAUGAUGGAAACAUUCACAAAGAGCUUUGGUGCUUCUGAAGGAUACAUUGGAGGCAAGAAGGAACUGGUAGACUAUCUGCGAGCACAUUCCCACACUGCAGUCUAUGCCACGUCACUGUCGCAGCUAGUGGAGCAGAUCAUCACGUCUGUGAAGUGCAUCAUGGGGCAGGAUGGCACCAGCCUUGGCAAAGAGUGUGUACGGCAGUAAGCUGAAAAUACCAGGUAUUUCAGGCAACGCCUGAAAGAAAUGGGCUUCAUUGUCUAUGGAAAUGAAGAUUCUCCAGUGGUGCCUUUGAUGCUCUACAUGCCAGCCAAGAUCGGCGCCUUCGGACGGGAGAUGCUGAAGCGGAAUAUCUGUGUAGUUGUGGUGGGAUUUCCUGCUACCCCAAUUAUUGAGUCCAGAGCCAGGUUUUGCCUGUCGGCAGUUUAUACCAAAGAAAUACUUGAUACUGCUUUAAAGGAGAUAGAUGAAGUUGGAGACCCAUUGCAGCUGAAGUAUUCGCGUCAUUGGUUGGUACCUCUACUGGAAAGGCCCUUUGAUGAGACUACUUAUGAAGAAACAGAACACUGAGCCUUUUUGGUGCUCCCACAGAGGGACUCUCCCUCGCCCAGGUCUGUGUGGCCUUUCUGAGCCAGUUCCAGGAGCCACACUUCUGUGGCCAUCUUAAGUGAAAGACAUUUCUUCAGCUACUGAAGGUGGCCACCUCCAUUCUAUAUGGCAUUUUGUAAAUAGUAAAAAACUGCUUCACAUCCUUAUUUUGCUAAAUCUCACCUUUAAAACUGGAGGUGACUCACUUUGCUUUUUUGUCCAUUAAAAAAAAAUUUUAUU